CGCGUUAAGAUUAUUGUCAUAAUUAAGCGUAAAAACAAUAAAAAUCAUCAUUCACAUCCUAACAAGAUCUGAAAACCAAAAAGAAAAUCCUCAAUCAAACGAAAGAUCAUAAAUUUAACUCAGUCAAAGCAACAACCUCCCCCCCUCUCUCUCACUCACUCACUAACUCAAUGAAAAGAGGCAAACAAAUCAGCUUCACAGGCCUCAACUUUGUAUGAAAUGGCAUGGCCUUCUCCUCUCCCCCUCCUCUCCUAAACACCAUUGUAGCAAUCUCCAUAACCCUCAUCUCCACUCUCAUCUUCUCAAAAUCCCAACUUUACCCCACCCCGUCUCCUCAAAUUCCCCAUAGAUCCCUCUUCUCUCAAAAUCAAGAUCAAAACUUUACUCUCUCUUGCACCUCUUUGCCCUCUUCAAAUGGCUUUAUUGACUACCUUUCCCUUCACUUUUGCCUCUUCAAAGAGAAGUUUUUGCUUUCAAUUCCUUGCCUUUCAUUAUUUGUACUUCUUCAUUUUUAUGUUCUUAUUGAAACAGCACAAUCCCAUUUCUCUAUAGUGACAACAAAGCUAACCCAUCAUUUAAAUCUCUCUCCAAGUAUGGGAGGUGUGACCCUUUUGGCUUUAGGUAAUGGGGCACCUGAUGUUUUUGCAUCACUUGCUGCUGUUAGGUCAGGGCAAUAUAGAACUGGGUUUGGUGCUAUAUUGUCUGCUGGGACUUUUGUUUCUGCCCUUGUUGUUGGUUUUGUUGCUAUUUAUGCUGCACCAUUUAAUGUGGAUCCUGCUUCUUUUAUAAGGGAUGUUGGGUUUUAUUUGUUAGGUGCUUUGAUUUUGUUUUAUGUUUAUUUGAGUGGGGAGAUAUUCUUUUGGCAGGCUGUUGGGUUUGUUGGGUUUUAUUUGUUUUUCGUUGGGUUUGUGUUUUGGAUGGAUUUGGGAAGUGGUAGUAUUGCUGCUGCUGGCGGUGCCGGUGGUGAUGAUAGAAGGGAUGCAAGAGAAAUGGAUUGCGAAAGAGGUGGUGAAGUGGUUGUGGGGAGUUUGGAGGGUGAGAAGGAGCAUUCGGGAUGUUUUGAGAGGGCUUAUGGAAAGAUCUCAAAAGUAUGGGAGUUUCCUGUCUCUUUUCUUCUGAAGCUCACAAUUCCUCAAAGUGCACCUUUGGAAUGGAACAGGUUCUACAUAUCUGCCAACAUUGCUCUUUGCCCAGUAGCUCUUUUGUAUGCUUGCAACUCAUUCAUGCCAUUAGAUCAUCCCAUUGUAUUCCUCUUUCCAAACACUCAUUUCCCUCUCUGGUUCAUAGUACUUUUGGCAAGCUCUUCACUCGCAGCUCUGCACUUUAUACUUGAAAAGGAACCCCCAAAGAACGAGCAAAUAUCGGUGGUGCUUGUGGCAUUUGUAAUGAGUGUCUUUUGGAUAUCUGCUAUUGCUGGUGAACUUCUCAACUGCCUGGAAGCACUUGGGAUACUUCUUGAAGUGCCCCCAUCUCUCCUUGGGCUUACAGUACUUGCUUGGGGAAACUCUGUGGGUGAUCUAGUUGCUGAUGUUGCAGUUGCCAAAGCUGGCCAGCCAGCUAUGGCCAUGGCUGGAUGCUUUGCUGGACCAAUGUUUAACAUGCUUGUUGGGCUUGGAUCAGCUUUGGUGAUAUUAACAGCUGAUGUUUAUCCAAAAGCUUAUAAACUCCAUUUCCACGUUGGUAUUGUGAUUGCAUUUGUGUUUUUGCUUUUUGGACUGAUGGGAUCUCUGUUAGUCAUCACUUGGUCCAGAUUUCGGGUGCCUAGGUUUUGGGGUUUCUGCCUUGUUGGGCUUUAUGUCUUUUUUAUGGCAGUUAGCUUAAUCAUAGCUAUGUUCUCAGGGUGAUUGGUUUGAUUCACAAAGUUGAAAAUAUGUUGCAAAUUUUUCAUUCAUAAAGGGGAGGGGACAUGUACAAGCCUUGAUGCUGGAUGAUAAAGAGUGCCAAGAUUAUGGAAUUUUUUAUCUGUAAUCUGAAAAUAGCUAUAGUUUGUAUCUA